GAAACAAGCAACAGAAUGCAGAGCAGCAGCCGGCCGGCUCACACCCCGCGAUCUCCUCGUUGUUCGUCUGUAGGCGAUAACAUCUGCUGUUUUGCGCGUUGAUAACGCCACCACGCUGCCAGUAGUCGCUGAUAGCCAUUCGACGAUCUCAGUUGGCCGCGAAAAGACGCGUCGUUUUUAUUUUGAAGUGUUCGAGUUUUUGCGCGCCAUCCAGUGUGCGGAUGUAAAUAAACAAUUAUUAAUCGAUGUUUGUGCGACCAAAGUAAUUAGAAUGGGAAUAUGGACAUUUUUUACUGGAAUCAAGGAGACUGACAGCGUCAAGAUGUUCACGAUUGAUGAGCAUGUGAUGCAGUACAGCACAUUAUUGACCUACAUCCUCGUUGGGGUACUGUUCGUAGUUGUGGGCUUCAGGCCCCCUUGGUGGAACAAGAAGUCGUCUAGUUCCAGCCACUGCACGACGAGCGAGCUGCGCAAAAUAUCCCAGGUAACUAAGUAUAUUUUUUUCUCAUUGUGUUUGAAACUAUUUGCCUGGUUUGGUCAGUGGUGCGAGAGUAAAUCUAACUGGGUGGGCAGUGACGUAUCGUAUUCACACGUAUCCGUUUUUAUAAAAAAGCUCAUUUUCUUGUUUACAUGGCUGGCCAAUCAACCUACUUAUUUGUCAGAUAAAGUUGAGAGGAGUGCAAAAAAAGUAGUGUUUCAGACUGAAAAAACAAACACAUAA